AUGACCAAUUACAAGAACUUUAACGAUGAUGACUUCGAUGGAGACUGGGAUUAUUAUUACGAUUAUGAACCAGAAACUAAGGCGAGUAAUAAUGUAGAUGAGUUACAUGGAGUAUAUGAUGAAACACAGCCAACAAGUGUCUCUACCUUGGUCGAGAAUUUACACAAUACAGUAACCACUGACCAGCUGUUAUUGCCUCCUUUUCCGUUUGAAGAUCCCUGUCCUUCUUCGUGGCCACCCAAAACGACUGGUUUGUUACUUGAAGAAACACCGGCUGUGCCUAACCUGAUUUAUGAGACGGUAUGAGAAACUUGCUGCCAUUUACUGAUAAAGUAGACCAAUUAGCAGACAGCUUUAAGAUGGGAACUGAAUUUGAUCUACCCGUCCCGGACACUAAUCCGCUGCUGACUGCAACAGCCAUACAUAGUAAGACUGCUGACACUACAAUUUUGCGGCACUAUCCUCCAGCUGAUCAUGAGCCAAUGGCAGAACCAGCCACGACCUACCACCAGCAACUGUUGAUAUCUUGCCAUCCCCAUAUCCAGGUGACGGAGUGGAUCCGAUUCAGUAUUUUGGGCUUAAUCAUGGCAAACCAGAGUUAUCAGGUUACACUAAAGUAGCUGCCAGGGCGCCUCAGCCACCAAAGACACAAGAUGUAAAUCCGCAGUCAACAGCCAUUACUCAUACUACUCCGAGCUCGGCUAACCAAGCUCCAGGAUAAACCACCCGAUCUCCCUAUGAAGAGUUUCCCACAGGUAACCUAGUCGCCGUGCAUUCUGGAAACCAGACAACCAACCCAAUCCCUGCUCAAAGCGUCAAGGUGACGGCUGUGACUAAGGUCAAUAACCACAUAAACUCCUCUACCACUCAGUAUACAGGCAGUAGUAUUGUGCCAGCGUUGAGCUAUCAAGCGGCUACCAAGGCAGCACAGGGUAACCAGUCAACUCCUCCCAACAAUGGUGUUAGAGGUCCUGCUCCUAACAAUGGACAGCCUCCUGCACCCUUUAUGACGGAAAUAGCCACUAAUUCUACCAGACUGCGUUCACCGGGAGAACUCACAGUCGACGUAUGGAUAAAUGGUAAGCCCACACGUUGCUUGAUAGACACUGGAGCAGCUGUUUCUGUACUUGACACUAAACACCUUGAGUUCCUGUGGUCGACGUGGCGCUCUACCUGCUACUCGAAAAGGGCUAUUUCCAACGGCAGAUUGCCACCUAUGCUCUCCUGACCUUACAAGAGUCAUACUUUUCCACAGACUUCCUCUUAGUCAUCUACGACCUUUUAACCAACAACCACGAGGACUUUGCUGGUUAUUUAUACUUACAAUAUUGUUCCCAUGCGCCCAAGAUUGUGACCGCAGCGCACAAUCUGUAUCCGUCUCUCUUUCACGGAGCAGGGUUCUUCUGGGGAGAACCGUGACAUUUUAUGUAAUUUUAUACGUUGCAAUUAUUUUUCAUUAAUUUACUGUUCCUGACAUUUUCCUUGACUUAUUUAAUCUAUGUUCUUAGUUUAUUUACGUAAUUCGACUUUCACUUUUUCAAUUUACAUGUCUUUCUUGCUUUUCAUUGAAACCCUGAGGCCAGCCGUUAUCCACCUGUGUAGCUUUUAAAAGAAAUUGUUGUAAAACAAACUUAGGUUUCCACCAAUAGUCUUGUAGAAAUGAUUGUUGUGUUCUGUAAUGUACCUCGCUAGUACCUGACCUAAUCUGUAUUGCAUCAUCGACUUAGAGUAUUUACACCCGUGUUUCGUAAGAUUUUCUUCAGUUAUGUUUUGACUGUACCCGCAGUAUAGUCUUGGAUUAAACUUCUACGUUGGACCCAAGUUCUGUUGUGAUCAUUGUCUCAAGGGUAUUCAUCAGGUGUAAGAGAUUCUGUGCUUCCCGCAGCCAGCGAGUGUCCCCAGGAAAAGGCCUAUCCCAGAGAGUUUUAGAGUUUUUCUCCAUCUGUCAGUUUACUAUUUUGUGAAGGCUAGACCUGUUUUUACAGUUGGCCAGCCCAGCGAAGUGUUCUACUGAGCUUUAGUCUCAUUCCGUCUUUCAGUUAUCCAAAUCAUCCCCUGGAUUAUCUUUCUAUUUGUCCAGCGUAACGCCGCGCCUUUUGCGAGAGUUAAAGACGAAGAACACCCUAAAAACCUAACGUCACACAAUAAUGCAUUUCAUUGCAUUGCAUCUUUUUAUAUUGAUGUUAAUUCAAUUUAGUAUCCAUUUUCUUACUCAUACAUGCAUAACUAGUAGUUAAGGAUUUUUUUUACAAGUUAUGAUCCCUGAGUAUGUUUUACCUCAUGCACAAAAGUAACUUUUCAUAUUAUUUGCUAUGCAAGGUUUAUUUAAUUCGGGUCUGAAUUCCUCUUUUUGACUAGCUCAGGUUAUGUAUCUAUUUGCAGAAAUAAAACAACUUAUCAGUACAUGCAAUCUGAGUGCUUCUUUAACGACUUUCAAUAACGAAUUCUGCAAUUUUGUUGAAAGUUGUUUCAUGCAUCGUUUACUCACGAGUGAGAAGUGUUAACUCAGUUUUGUUUAAUAAACAUACUCAUUAUACUUUUAACUCAAAAUAAUGAGUGUUUUCCACUCCCUAUUUUGUGUUUGAGAUUCUCCUCAUUUUGCGAGUAAUUGUACUCAAAAUACCGAGUAAAAUGAGACAGUUACUCAAAAGUGGGAGUGAGAUUCACUCAAUCGAAAAAUGGCAUUUUUUGCAGUGUACUUACUUUUCCGUAUACUGUAAAAUUUGCUUUUGGGUGUCACUGAGCCCACAAAUAUCGGCGUCUCUUCCAGUUUGACCACUUUCCAAUUUUCGCUUGCACCAUAAGUACAUCAUUCAUCUGAGCAAGGUUCAGCCUUUUAACCAAAACAUGUUGAUGGUUGUUGAUGGUUUUCAGCACCUCGAAGACGAGUUUUUCACCAAAGCACUUGCCUUCAGCUCUGUGUGACAUCAAACUUUCAACCUCUGCCGGUUUGAUUCAAUAGGCCUCCUACUACAAUUUCCACGGGCAAUUGCCACUUACCAGCACAAGUCCCGCCUUCAUGGCUGGGAACUCAACUCUGGUCAUUGACCUUUCAAUUGUGAACUUUUAUUCAUGGACUUUUCUUAGUUUUCUGUGCUUUUUUCGCCGAGGAUGGCUCAAUUUACGGUGGGAGAAAUGUUAGGGAGAAUAUAGCUAUUUUUGCUGAUUUGUAAUAUGUUUGUCCAGAUUAAGUGCAAGGCAUUUUCAACUAAGUUUCUAGUGUUAAACAAUAAAAAUGGAAGCGAUGGAAAAUGUUCACAGUGCGCACGUUUUUGACUUGACAUUAUUAAAGGAAUUUUAUUCAGUGUUUGGGAUUUAUUGCAAAAUUCAUUUGUUUCGGGAAAUAUUUAUAGGUUAAGGAAAAAUAUCAUAAAAAGCAAUUUGGCUCAUUUUACUUGGUGUUAACUCCUACGCAUCAGCACUGAUCAAACGACAUCCUCUCCCGAUAUGAGAAAAUGAUUUCUGUUGAUUCAUUCUCCUUGGUCUUGUUGAAGGGAAAUGUUGAUUGAAGAGUUACGUUAGCCACUUGUGGCAAUUGUUACAAUAUAUGUUUAUAGUGGAGUUGUUGUAAGCGUUCUUGUUGAUUGGUUUGAGUAAGCUACUUCUUUAUUAGUAGUAUUGGUUUUUCUAAGUUAAUUGAUGAUGGAUAGAAAGUUUCUCCUGACAUGAAUUCGGUACACGGUAACACUUCUGUUCACGAGAUAUGUUUAAUUAGAGCCUUUGGCAGAUAACAAAGCCUUGUUUAUAUUAAGUAUUUCGUCUAGGUUAACAUUUUUGACCUUAGUCUGGUCUUCCUUCGAUAUUUACCAGGAAAUGACUACCCUCCUUGUUUUUAAGAGUUUUAAGCAUGUUUCUUUGAGUUUUUAACCGAAUUCUUGGCAGUGGAUAACUUUAAUUAGGUUUAGUGAUUUUAUAGGUGUUUUUGUAGUUAAAAAACUAUUGUUUUAAAUUCUGCCUUGCACUUUGAAGUGCAUUUUUAAUUUACCCUUUUAGUUUGCGAUCACAUUCCUGGUUAAAUUAUGGAAAAGUUGAAGCCAAUCAUCUUCGAUGAAGAAGCUUAACACCUUCUGAAAAUUGACAACAACCUUAGAAUUUCAAACUGUAAUUUUAGAUGAAAGGACAGACAAUCAUACUUUUCAGACAAAUGACCAUAUAUGGAACAUCAAAAAUAUAACAAAAGGAUCAAAAUAUAACCGGUCAACUGAAUUCGAAUCGUCUGAAAACUUCGGUUUAGAGUCAUUUUGACAAAGCAAUUAUCUCGAAGGUAUCAUGCUAAUGAAACUGUUUUAACCAAUCGGAUUAGACUUACGUCAGCAUUCGCGUUGCGCUAAGCAGCUGGUUUCCUGGCUGAUAUAAAAAUGUGUGUAACACUGAUCAAGUAGAGAAUUGUAAAAUACAAGUUGCACUAACUUCGCGACACCUUAUGGAAGAAUUAAAGAGAGUCGAUUGAACAAGAACUCGACUGUUUGUUGCUAAAACCUGCUAGUACCCCCAGUAAGGUUCUUCAACAAAGUGGUGGAGAAAUCCGCUUUGUUCCCGUACCAUUUUAUGUCUGGUCGUGGUCAUGGUACUCCGCAAAGGCCCAACGGACCUCUUCGUCAACCUAACAGCCUGCCAUUAGUCCUGAUUAUCCACAGGCUUAAAGAACAUCUGUACAAAGCAGGAGUGCCGUGGGUACCACAAGUAAGCCCACCGUUUUAACUCCCAGCAGAGAAGAACCAGCGCAUUUUAGCCGCACCUUGUUAGGGCGUUGACCCGCAGAAGAUCUUGCACUUUCUAAACCUCCUUACAGACCCUUCAAGUAGAAGCAGGCGCUUGUGCGUCGAAGAAACACACAAAAAGGAAAGGACGACCGAACAAAGGAAUACUGAAAGACUCAAGCCAGGAAAUUGUAAGCGAACAUUAUGAUUCAAUUAUUCCAGUAUCUCUGAUGUAUCGUUAG